GGCAGUUAAUGUGGUAAUAACUUGGCGUAAAAGCUUUGAAUAUUCCUUAACGUCUCUGAUAACAUGAAACUCAUUUUUGGACUCUGUGUUUUCGUCGCUCUCGUCGCCACAAGCUUUGCUGGUUACCUUUAUGGUGGAGGUGGAGGAUAUCUCGGCGGAGGCUAUGGCGGAGGAGGAGGAGGCUACGGGGGCGGUUAUUAUGGGGGAAUAGGUGGUUAUGGAGGUGGAUACGGAGGAGGUUAUGGAGGUGGCUAUGGAGGAGGUUAUGGCGGACGUUUGGGUGGCUAUAGACAUGGUUAUCAUGGUGUUUAUUGUCCCUGGGCUUAUCCCGUUUAUCCUCAUUAUGGCUAUGGUCAUUAAUAAAUCUGGACCGUUUACUUACAGUCCUCAGGAGAACUAUCCAAUGAGACUCGCCAGUUCUUUGUACGUCACAUCACCGCAGCCAACCAAGACCUAAUUCAUCUGAGCUGACGUAUUUUUUUCAUUUAAUACUUUAGUAAGUGUUUAGCUGUAAAUUCAGAUACUCUUCAAUAAAAUCACUUUUG